GGCUGACCAACAGUUGCCCUACCUUCCUUUUCUAGCUAUAAUAGAAGGUCCUAGGUUAGUACCCUAAUUUUUUAAAUAUUAUUUUCUGGUUCCUUUAGGAUGUACUAUCUGCAGAUCCUGAGUUCUUGCAUCAUUGCCAUCUUUCUGGGAAUCUACUUCCAACUACUGACCACUGAAGCGAACAUACAAAAGCUGCUUGAUGUUAACGUGAUCCCAAUGGAGCCUGCAAAACCAGGGGAGAAAGUUGAAUUGGCAUGUCAUGUUCAGUCAUAUUGGACAGAUUGUGCUCCGGUCAAAAUCUACACCCUGAGCAACUCAUCCAUUGAUUUCCCCUUCAGAAAUUUGACUUAUUCUUUUUGUGCAUGUCCUGGGGAAACUAAAACCUUCUACUGGAUCAUCCAAAGCAGCAGGACUGUGAAUGUAGGAUGUAAAGCUGCUUUCCAUCUGGAUGAUGUUUGUCCUGAGGACCAGAAUUCAAUUCCUCCCCAGAACAAAAGAAGAUAUGGAGUUAAUAUGAAGACCUUGAAAAUAAUCAACUGAGCUUCAACUUAGUCUCUCCCCUUCCCUCCCUCCCCCAUUUAGUCAACCUAUUAGGUCCAAAAGCUAAUUCUGAACAUCUAAAACUAGUUUCAAAUGUAAAAUAAAUAUGUUACAUUUUUCUGCCUGCCUAGGUCCCAUUUUUAAUUUUUUUUCUCAAACACCACAUCUUUCAAGGCCCCACGGUACUAUGACUUUCUAGACUAUUCUUCUUUCAAAGCACUUUCACACGAGAUCUUUUGAGGAAAUUAUAGUAAAGAUCAUUCCUACAUUUGGCAAAUGAAGAAAUGAAGGCAAAAAAGAAGAUUAAAUUAGUUAACCAGAAUCACUUAGCAAGUUAGUAGAACCAAGAUGAGAACCUUAUGUUUUAACUCUUCACUAUAAUUCCCCUAAAAUGAAUCUCUAUCCAUAAAAUCAGACAGCACAGGUUCCUCCAAAGAACUAAUGAUGAAA